AUGCUGGCUGUAGCCAAUGACGACAAGCUACUGCAGUGGCAAGUUAAAUCGAUACAGAACCUAUCCACCUGCCCAUCCACCCGCUCGCCUACUCCAGCUUCCACCGCGCACUACCUCCCACCCGUCGCUCGCCGCCCCCUCCUGCUGCACACGUCCUCCCACCCGACGGCAGCCUCCCCGUCGUCACCGGCCUCCGGCCGUCUCCCGCCGCCGCCUCCCGUCGUCGCCCGCCGCCCUCCCGUCGUCGCCCUCCCGUCGUCGCCCGCCGCCUCCCGCCUCCCGUCGUCGCCCGCCACCCUCCCGCCUCCCGUCGUCGCCCGCCACCCUCCCGCCUCCCGCCCUCCCGUCGUCGCCCGCCGCCCUCCCGUCGCCUCCCGCCUCCCGUCGCCUCCCGCCUCCCGUCGUCGCCCGCCUCCCGCCCUCCCGUCGUCGCCCGCCGCCCUCCCGUCGCCUCCCGCCGCCCUCCCGUCGCCUCCCGCCUCCCGUCGCCUCCCGCCUCCCGUCGCCUCCCGCCUCCCGUCGUCGCCCGCCUCCCGCCCUCCCGUCGUCGCCCGCCGCCCUCCCGUCGCCUCCCGCCUCCCGUCGUCGCCCGCCUCCCGCCUCCCGUCGUCGCCCGCCUCCCGUCGUCGCCCGCCUCCCGUCGUCGCCCGCCUCCCGCCUCCGCCCGCCUCCCGCCUCCCGUCGUCUCCCGCCGCCACCCUCCCGUCGUCUCCCGCCGCCACCCUCCCGUCGUCUCCCGCCGCCACCCUCCCGUCGUCUCCCGCCUCCACCCUCCCGUCGUCUCCCGCCUCCACCCUCCCGUCGUCUCCCGCCUCCACCCUCCCGUCGUCUCCCGCCUCCACCCUCCCGUCGUCUCCCGCCUCCACCCUCCCGUCGUCUCCCGCCUCCACCCUCCCGUCGUCUCCCGCCUCCACCCUCCCGUCGUCUCCCGCCUCCACCCUCCCGUCGUCUCCCGCCUCCACCCUCCCGUCGUCGCCCGCCACCCUCCCGUCGUCGCCCGCCGCCUCCCGCCUCCCGUCGUCGCCCGCCGCCCGUCGCCCUCCCGCCGCCUCCCGCCGUCGCCCGCCGCCCGUCGCCCUCCCGCCGCCCGUCGCCCUCCCGCCGCCCUCCCGUCGCCGCCUCCCGCCUCCCGUCGUCGCCCGCCGCCUCCCCGCCGCCUCCCGCCUCCCGUCGCCUCCCGCCUCCCGUCGCCUCCCGCCUCCCGCCUCCCGUCGCCUCCCGCCUCCCGCCUCCCGUCGCCUCCCGCCUCCCGUCGCCUCCCGCCUCCCGUCGUCGCCCGUCGCCCGCCCGCCGCCCGUCGCCCUCCCGCCGCCCGUCGCCCUCCCGCCGCCCGUCGCCCUCCCGCCGCCCGUCGCCCUCCCGCCGCCCGUCGCCCUCCCGCCGCCCUCCCGUCGCCCUCCCGCCGCCCUCCCGUCGCCGCCUCCCGCCUCCCGCCUCCCGUCGCCGCCUCCCGCCUCCCGCCUCCCGUCGCCGCCUCCCGCCUCCCGCCUCCCGUCGUCGCCCGCCGCCUCCCGCCUCCCGUCGUCGCCCGCCGCCUCCCGCCUCCCGUCGUCGCCUCCCGCCUCCCGUCGUCGCCUCCCGUCGUCGCCCGCCUCCCGUCGUCGCCCGCCUCCCGCCUCCCGUCGUCUCCCGCCGCCACCCUCCCGUCGUCUCCCGCCGCCACCCUCCCGUCGUCUCCCGCCGCCACCCUCCCGUCGUCUCCCGCCUCCACCCUCCCGUCGUCUCCCGCCUCCACCCUCCCGUCGUCUCCCGCCUCCACCCUCCCGUCGUCUCCCGCCUCCACCCUCCCGUCGUCUCCCGCCUCCACCCUCCCGUCGUCUCCCGCCUCCACCCUCCCGUCGUCUCCCGCCUCCACCCUCCCGUCGUCUCCCGCCUCCACCCUCCCGUCGUCUCCCGCCUCCACCCUCCCGUCGUCUCCCGCCUCCACCCUCCCGUCGUCUCCCGCCUCCACCCUCCCGUCGUCUCCCGCCUCCACCCUCCCGUCGUCGCCCGCCUCCACCCUCCCGUCGUCUCCCGCCUCCACCCUCCCGUCGUCGCCCGCCACCCUCCCGUCGUCGCCCGCCACCCUCCCGUCGUCGCCCGCCGCCUCCCGCCUCCCGUCGUCGCCCGCCGCCCGUCGCCCUCCCGCCGCCUCCCGCCGUCGCCCGCCGCCCGUCGCCCUCCCGCCGCCCGUCGCCCUCCCGCCGCCCUCCCGUCGCCGCCUCCCGCCUCCCGUCGUCGCCCGUCGUCGCCCGCCGCCUCCCCGCCGCCUCCCGCCUCCCGUCGCCUCCCGCCUCCCGUCUCCCGUCGCCUCCCGCCUCCCGCCUCCCGCCGCCUCCCGCCUCCCGUCGCCUCCCGCCUCCCGUCGCCUCCCGCCUCCCGUCGUCGCCCUCCCGCCGCCCGUCGCCCUCCCGCCGCCCGUCGCCCUCCCGCCGCCCUCCCGUCGCCCUCCCGCCGCCCUCCCGUCGCCGCCUCCCGCCUCCCGCCUCCCGUCGCCGCCUCCCGCCUCCCGCCUCCCGUCGCCGCCUCCCGCCUCCCGCCUCCCGUCGUCGCCCGCCGCCUCCCGCCUCCCGUCGUCGCCCGCCGCCUCCCGCCGUCGCCUCCCGCCUCCCGUCGUCGCCUCCCGCCUCCCGUCGUCGCCUCCCGCCUCCCGUCGUCGCCCGCCGCCUCCCGCCUCCCGUCGUCGCCCGCCGCCCGUCGUCGCCCGCCGCCUCCCGCCUCCCGUCGUCGCCCGCCGCCUCCCGCCUCCCGUCGUCGCCCGCCGCCUCCCGCCUCCCGUCGUCGCCCGCCGCCUCCCGCCUCCCGUCGUCGCCUCCCGUCGUCGCCCGCCGCCUCCCGCCUCCCGUCGUCGCCCGCCGCCUCCCGCCUCCCGUCGUCGCCCGCCGCCGCCUCCCGCCGCCUCCAGCCUCCCGUCGCCCGCCGCCUCCCGUCGUCGCCUCCCGCCUCCCGUCGUCGCCCGCCGCCUCCCGCCGUCUCCCGCCGCCUCCCGCCGUCUCCCGCCGCCUCCCGCCGUCUCCCGCCGCCUCCCGCCGUCUCCCGCCUCCCGUCGUCGCCCGCCGCCUCCCGCCUCCCGUCGUCGCCCGCCGCCUCCCGCCGUCGCCCGCCGCCUCCCGUCGUCGCCCGCCGCCCGUCGCCCUCCCGUCGUCGCCUCCCGCCUCCCGUCUCCCGUCGUCGCCCGCCGCCUCCCGCCGUCGCCCGUCGUCGCACGCCGCCUCCCGCCUCCCGCCGUCGCCCGCCGCCCUCCCGCCGUCGCCCGCCGCCCGUCGCCCUCCCGCCGCCUCCCGCCUCCCACCUCCUCACGUCGUCGCCCGCCUCCUGCCUCCUCACGUCGUCGCCCGCCUCCUGCCUCCUCACGUCGUCGCCCGCCUCCCGUCGUCUCCCGUCGCCCUCUCGUCGCCCUCCGGCCGACGCCCGCCGGCCGUUUCCCUCACUGCUCUCUCCAUCCCCCAGACCCUCAGUGACACAACCGCUACCGUCACCUUCCUCAUGGGCAGAAAGGCUUGUGGUAAUACUAUGUCUUCCAGAAAUGUCCAGACUGUAUGGUUUCGUUGUGUCACUGAAAAAUGCAGAGACGAUUAUGUGGGCAAUUGCAUUGACCGUUUUAUGCACAGCAACAUCCCAGAAACCUGUACUCAGAACCUGCAGCAGGGAAUUAUAGCUAAGAAUAAUCUGAGUGAAGGGAAAAGAAGGACAUCGAGAGGGUAUUUUUUUGGUGCUUUGCGAAAGCGAAUGAACUGA